GUUACCCACCAGGCCCGCGGCGGUCGCGGGUGGGCUUCGACAUGCAGACCACGGACCUGGGCAACAAAGAGAGCGGCAAGAUAUGGCAUCGCAAGCCUUCCCCGGCCACUCGGGACGGAAUUAUAGUGAACAUCAUUCACAACACUUCUGAGUACCAUCCAAAAGUUUUGCGAUUUUUGAAUGUGGCUUUUGAUGGUUCAGGAGAUUGCUUAAUUGCUGGGGACCAUCAGGGAAAUAUCUAUGUUUUUGACUUGUGUGGAAACAGGUUUAAUCUUGUUCAACGAACAGCACAAGCUUGCACAGCUCUGGCCUUUAAUCUUCGUAGGAAGUCUGAAUUCCUUGUGGCAUUAGCUGAUUAUUCUAUUAAAUGUUUUGAUGCAGUCACUAAGGAGCUAGUUAGCUGGAUGAGAGGACAUGAGUCAUCAGUAUUUUCAAUCUCUGUGCAUGCAUCAGGGAAAUAUGCCAUCACUACCUCUUCUGACACAGCACAACUAUGGGAUUUGGAUACCUUUCAGAGGAAAAGAAAGCUGAAUAUUCGCCAGUCUGUGGGUAUACAGAAGGUUUUCUUUCUACCUUUGAGUAAUACCAUCCUGAGCUGUUUUAAGGAUAAUUCCAUCUUUGCCUGGGAAUGUGAUACUCUUUUUUGCAAAUAUCAAUUGCCAGCUCCACCUGAAAGCUCUAGUAUAUUAUACAGAGUGUUUGCUGUAACCAGAGAUGGCCGGAUCCUGGCUGCUGGAGGCAAAUCAAAUCAUCUUCAUUUGUGGUGCUUGGAAGCUGCACAGCUCUUUAGAAUUAUCCAGAUGCCUACUAAAGUUCGAGCCAUUCGCCAUCUGGAAUUUCUUCCUGAUAGUUUUGAUGCUGGUUCUAAUCAGGUUCUUGGAGUGCUAAGUCAAGAUGGUAUUAUGAGAUUUGUCAAUAUACAGACUUGUAAACUUCUCUUUGAAAUUGGAAGCCUUGAUGAAGGAAUUAGCUCAUCAGUAAUUAGCCCACAUGGGCGGUACAUCGCAUCUAUUAUGGAAAAUGGAAGUUUGAACAUAUAUUCAGUUCAAGCUUUAACCCAGGAAAUAAAUAAGCCACCUCCUCCUUUAGUGAAAGUGAUUGAAGAUUUGCCCAAGAGUAAACUGAGUUCCAGUGAUCUUAAAGUGAAAGUAACGUCAGGAAGAGUACAGCGACCAGCAACAUCCAGGGAAAGCAAGAUGCAAACUAGAAUAUUAAAACAAGACCUGACUGGCAAUUUUGAAAAUAAAGAGAAUGAAUUGUCAGAUGGAUUAAACAAAAAACGUUUACAAAUCUUAUUAAAAGGCUAUGGUGAAUAUCCAACAAAAUACAGAAUGUUCAUUUGGCGCUCCCUGCUGCAACUGCCUGAAAAUCAUACUGCAUUUAGUAGCCUCAUAGAUAAGGGUACUCAUGUGGCAUUUCUCAACCUUCAGAAGAAAUACCCCAUCAAAAGUAGGAAACUACUGAGAGUAUUACAGAGAACCCUAUCAGCAUUGGCUCACUGGUCUGCCAUCUUUAGUGACACACCAUAUCUUCCACUUUUGGCAUUUCCAUUUGUUAAAUUAUUCCAGAACAACCAACUCAUCUGUUUCGAAGUUGUUGCUACUCUUAUAAUCAAUUGGUGUCAACACUGGUUUGAAUAUUUUCCUAAUCCUCCUAUCAAUAUUCUCAGUAUGAUAGAAAAUAUUUUGGCAUUUCAUGACAAAGAACUGCUACAACACUUCAUAGAUCAUGAUAUAACUUCUCAGCUGUAUGCAUGGCCUCUUCUUGAAACUGUGUUCUCAGAAGUGCUGACAAGAGAAGAGUGGCUAAAAUUAUUUGAUAAUGUCUUUUCCAACCAUCCUUCAUUCCUCCUGAUGACUGUUGUAGCCUAUAAUGUAUGUUCUCGAGCUCCUUUGCUCAAUUGUAAGCUUAAAGAUGAUUUUGAGUAUUUUUUUCACCAUCGGAAUAACCUGGAUAUAAAUGUUGUGGUUAGAGAAGUUUAUCAUCUCAUGGAGACCACGCCUACUGAUAUUCAUCCAGACAGCAUGCUUGAUGCUUUUGUUGCACUGACAAAAGGGCAAUAUCCAGUAUUUAAUCAAUAUCCAAAGUUUAUUGUGGACUAUCAGACACAGGAACGAGAAAGAAUAAGGAAUGAUGAAUUGGAUUACUUAAGAGAGAGGCAGACGGUUGAAGAUAUGCAAGCUGAAGUAGACCAGCAAAGAGCUGAAGAUGAAGCUUGGCACCAGAAACAAGAACUACUUCGUAAAGCUGAAGAAGCAAGAAGAGAAAUACUCUUACAAGAGGAAGAGAAAAUGAUACAACAACGACAGAGCGGCAUGAUCUGGCCUCUGCCUACCCUUCCAGCCUCCUAUCCUUCUGCUACCCAUACUGAUGUUGUACAUAUGAGAGAUCAGGAAAUUGCUGCCACAGCCAGAGACCUAGAGAUGAGACAGCUGGAACUCGAAUCACAAAAAAGACUUUAUGAGAAGAAUCUUACUAGAAAUCAAGAAGCUGUUGCAAAAGAAGUGCGAGAAGAUGUAGAUGCCUAUAGACGAAAAAUGGAUCUUGAAGAACACAUGUUUCAUAAACUGAUAGAAACAGAUCAAAAUCAAAGCCAAAAAACUCAGAAGGUGAUUGAAGAAAAUUUGGCAAAAGCUGAACAAGCAUGCCUGAAUGCUGACUGGCAAAUUCAUACUUUACAUAAACAAAAAUGUGAUGAUCUACAACGAAAUGAAUGUUACCAGGAAGUAGCCAAACUCCUUCAGGAAAAUAGAAGGAAAGAAAUAGAGGUGUUAAAUGCAAUGAUGGCGGAGGAAGCUAAGAAGCGGAAGGAAGCUGAAGAAAAAGAGUUCUAUUUGAGGUCAGAAAAGAAAGCUUCUGCUCUUUCAGAUGCAUCUAGAAAGUGUUUUUUACAGCAGGAGAUAAGUGAUGCUUUAGAGCAUGCUGAAAAUCCAUACAAUAAAGUUUCUUUAAAUAGAAGAACAAUGGAAUGGGACGCCAUGGAAGAGAAUCUUAUGGAGAAAGUGAGAAAUCUUCGUAAGAGACUCACCGCUCAGGCCCGUAACAGAUGUCAAACCCCUGGUCUCUUGGCUACCUAGAAGGCAUGUCAUCUUGAGAUAGUCAAGAGAGGAAGACCUAUUUUGCAAUCAGUGACACUAAUUUUUAGAUUAGUUAUUUUAAAUUCCUACAAAGGUCAGCUUUUGUAUAGAAAAAUGUGUCCAUAAAAAAUUAUGUGUUCUAUUUAAUUCCAGUACUUUUUAGCUUGUAAAUAGCUUCUUAUUUUUGCCAAUAAAUAUUUUUUGGAAACUAUUAAA